GUAUCAGAAGAAACAAAUAAUUCUCAGAGUCAGAGUCUUGUUGCAGAGGGAGGAGUCCAAAUAAAAGAACCAACAAAGAGCCCACAGAGCUAUGAGAAACAGGGCUCACUGAUCACUCUUGCUUGGAGCAAACCACCAGAGCACAACACCGACAAUGAUGCAGAGGCUGAAGGACAGAGCCAGAAUAUUGAGAGCAGUUUGAGGACAGAAGUCCAAAUAAGAGACACAAGCAGCACAUGUGAACACACACAGUGCAUGGAGAACCCUGGACUUCUCUCUUCUGGAGAGAAAGACAGUGAAGAUCUGAAACCCACUUUAUCCCAAUCUGAUUCCACACGUCAUCCUGGUGCACAGUCUGCAGACCAGCAGUGCAACACACUGAUACUGGAGGAGCAAACAACAGCUGAUCAACCAGAGAAAAGAGAAGCUCUGUCUGAAUGUGACCUUGAAAUGCCUGCUUUGGUAGAAAAGAUCCUUCAGCCUGUACAACCACAUCUCUUGGUUGACCCUCCUGAAAUUAACCAUCAUAUUGGUGACCACUGCUCUGCACUACACAGUGAGACUGUUAAUGUGGAGAGAGAAGUGGUUGAGGUGGAAAUGUGUCCCACUGCACCAGAGUCAGAAGUGUGGGACCAUAGAGGGCCUCAACCCACUCACACUGAGGACCACAAAUAUAAUUCACAAGCUUAUGUUGGCUGUAGCCCUGCAGAAGGGGAAUCCACCCUGAUGGAGAGAGAUCAAGCCCUAGAACCCUUCUCAGCAAUGGAGAGAGAAAGGACAAUGCGUAACCUGGUGGACAUGCAAAGAAAGGUCGAACAGAGGCAGCAGAGGGAUCGAGAGAGACAGCUGCUGAGGGUUCAGGAGCGUCUGUCAAUCAUCCAGAACAGAAAGGCAGAAGAAGACCUCCUUGGCCUGAAACACAUAGACAGGCUAAGACACCUCACACGAGAUCUACCACAGGAGGAUAGGAAUCGGCAGAAGACAGUUGUCAGAGAGCGACUGGAGCAGCUGAGAAGAGAGCGCUCCAGUGUCAUGCAGUCCAAACGAGACAGGAACACUGUAGGAUUUAAGGAACUCCUGGGUCCAGUAGCUUUCCACAGCAGAGAAAUGGACAAUGGAGCAGAAUAAGCAGCUAUGUAUGUAUGCAUCGUCACAUAUUCUUCAUGACGGUUGUCAGCACUGUCCAACAGGUGACUUCCAAUCACAAAAUACCUCAAUAAAUGUUUGUUUAUUAUCAAGCCACACUGUUUCACAGAUAUCGUGAUGUGUUCAAGUGAAAUGUUACAGAUUUUAUAUUUAUGGAGCGCUUCUUGUUUGUGGUCAAAUGACCACACACUAUAGAAAAAUUUUAAGAAUGCAGCUCGUGCAUAUCAAAUAAACAGA